GCCAUUGGGACCGGAAGUGCCUGUCAGUCCCUGCAGUAAGCACUGAGUUGGUAGGCUCGGUAUGAAGCUGCCGCCUGAGGAAAUGUGUGACCGCGGGAGCCAGAGCUCAGUGCCCAAGCUGCAGGGGAUGGACUUCUGGAAGCAGAGUCUCCGGGGAGCUCGAUAUGUGCUGGCUCCUAUGGUGGAUCAAAGUGAGCUGGCCUGGCGACUCUUCAGCCGUCGGCAUGGGGCCCAGCUUUGUUACACUCCAAUGCUACAUGCCCAGGUGUUUGUGCGUGAUGCCAACUACCGCAAGGAUAACCUGUACUGUGAGCUGUGCGCUGAAGAUCGGCCUUUGAUUGUUCAGUUUUGUGCAAAUGACCCUGAGGUGUUUGUUCAAGCAGCGUCGCUGGCUCAGGAUUACUGUGAUGCAAUUGAUUUAAAUUUGGGUUGCCCACAAAUGAUUGCAAAAAGAGGUCAUUAUGGAGCUUUCUUACAGGAUGAAUGGGAUCUACUGGAAAGGAUGGUUCAGCUGGCACACGAGAAACUGUCUGUCCCCAUUACAUGCAAAAUCCGAGUUUUUCCUGAAAUUGAUAAAACUGUGAAGUAUGCAAAGAUGUUGGAGAAAGCCGGUUGUCAGUUGCUCACAGUCCAUGGCCGUACAAAAGAGCAAAAAGGUCCUCUAACUGCUGUAGCUUCCUGGGAGCAUAUCAAAGCCGUUAGGAAUGCUGUUAAUAUCCCUGUUUUUGCAAAUGGAAAUAUCCAGUGCCUUGAUGAUGUGGAAAGGUGCAUUAAGGAGACAGGAGUGCAUGGAGUGAUGAGUGCAGAGGGAAUGCUCCAUAAUCCUGCCUUGUUUGAAGGGAGGUCCCCAGUGGUUUGGGAGAUGGCGGAUGAAUAUCUGGAGAUCGUACAGCAGUUCUCUUGUUCCCUGUCCUUUGUUCGUGCCCAUCUAUUUAAGCUUUGGCAUCACAGUCUCCAGAUUUAUCAAGACCUACGUGAGGAUCUGGCAAAAGUAAAAACUCUGGAAGGAGUCAUUGCGGUUAACCAAGAAUUGAAGCGUAGGUGUCAGGAAGAACAGCCCAAUCAGAACAAAGGUGAAGAGGCCAAAGGAGCAUUGCCUUUCCCCCAUUGGAUCUGCCAACCUUAUGUUCGCCCACCGCCAAAGGAUGUUAUGAAUGAGGAGAACAAUGUGCGAGGGAAGCGAGUGCUGGAUGAGGAGGAAGAAGGGAACACAGAGCUAUCAAAGAACAAACUGAAAAAGAAACUGCGCAACCCAAAUAAAAGCUUUGACCCAUCUGUAAAACCUAAAUAUGCAAAAUGUGACCAGUGUGGAAAUCCCAAGGGGAUUAAGUGUGUGUUCCAUCUGUGUCGAAGCUGUUGCAAGAAAAAGGCAUUCCGGGAGUUGGCUGACUGUGCAGGUCAUGGGCUUCUUUUUAAAACCAAAUAUGAGAAAUCUCUUCAGUAUAAAGGAGUCCUUAACACGGAGACCCCAGAGACAGAAUCACAGCUUCUUCCUCCUCCACCACCAGAGCUCAAAGCUUGACAGCUCCGGAAAGAGAUGACUUUUUGUUAUUCCAUAGGCUGCUCUUGCUGAAUACUCAGGGAAAUGGUCUCCAGGACUAUAACAAAGCACGAUACAAAACUUUGCACCUAUGAACUGACAGAUGUUUUCUGAUUUUAAGAGUGAUGGUUAAAGUUGUCUUCUCAUUUUAUUGUGCUCACAAAGAACUACUGGAUUCUGACCGGUUUAACACUUGCCCAUCAAGCAGCACUAAGUAUAAACUGAUCUGAGAGAUGUGUAUGGGUUUUAUGGGCUUAAAGGGCCUGUUACCAAUAAAGAUGUCUGCUUUUUCUGGCAUUGCACUGGGGAUGCUGGAGGUGAUGAUUUUAUUGUGCAUGUUAACUUUUAAAGCUUCAUGUUCCAGUCUAGUUGGUAUAUUGCACAAUGUGAUUACAGAUAUUGACGCUGCCUUACACUGUUUUAUUAGGGGUUUGCUUUUAAAUGAGGGCAUUCAGCUAUGUUUUAAUAAAAAAUAAAAAGUGACAGAAA